AGCCCCAGACAUGCCAUCCCCUCCUAAAAGUCCCCAAAGUCACCCCAGCCGCUGAGCUGUCACCCCCAGGGUGUGCAGCGUCCCUCACUCUGGCCUGUGAGAGUCCUUGCAGCUGGCACUGAUGGUUACGUGAGCCGCCGUUGGGGUCCUAUCCCACCUGGUGACCUCCCCACGUACCUGCAAGCGGGAAGGGCUGGAUGCCGCCCUCUGCCCUGCCCCUGACUGCGCCACUACAGGUUCCUAGGAGGCCAGUGCGGACGGUAUGCAAAGUUGUGAAUCCAGUGGCGACAGUGCGGAUGACCCUCUCAGUCGUGGCCUACGGAGAAGGGGACAGCCUCGUGUGGUAGUGAUCGGCGCUGGCUUGGCUGGCCUGGCUGCAGCCAAAGCACUUCUGGAGCAGGGCUUCACGGAUGUCACUGUGCUUGAGGCUUCCAGCUGCAUCGGAGGCCGCGUGCAGAGCGUGAAACUCGGACACGCCACCUUUGAGUUGGGAGCCACCUGGAUCCAUGGCUCCCAUGGGAAUCCCAUCUAUCAUCUAGCAGAAGCCAAUGGCCUCCUGGAAGAGACAACUGAUGGGGAGCGCAGUGUGGGCCGCAUCAGCCUCUACUCCAAGAAUGGCGUGGCCUGCUACCUCACCAACCGUGGCCGCAGGAUCCCCAAGGACGUGGUUGAGGAAUUCAGCGAUUUAUACAACGAGGUCUAUAACUUGACCCAGGAGUUCUUUCGGCAUGGUAAACCAGUCAACGCUGAGAGUCAGAACAGCGUGGGGGUGUUCACCCGGGAAGAGGUGCGCAACCGCAUCAGGGACGACCCUGAGGACCCGGAGGCCACCAAGCGCCUGAAGCUUGCCAUGAUCCAGCAGUACCUGAAGGUGGAGAGCUGUGAGAGUAGCUCACACAGCAUGGACGAGGUGUCCCUGAGUGCCUUCGGGGAGUGGACCGAGAUCCCCGGGGCCCACCACAUCAUCCCCUCGGGCUUCAUGCGGGUUGUGGAGCUGCUGGCCGAGGGCAUCCCCGCCCACGUCAUCCAGCUGGGGAAACCCGUCCGUUGUGUGCACUGGGACCAGGCCUCGGCCCGCCCCCGGGGCCCUGAGAUUGAGCCCCGGGGGGAAGGUGACCACAACCUUGACGCCGGGGAGGGUGGCCAGGGGGGAGAGGAGCCCCGGGGGGAUGGGCGGGAUGAGGACAAGCAGUGGCCGGUGCUGGUGGAGUGUGAGGACUGCGAGGUGAUCCUGGCGGACCACGUGAUCGUGACCGUGUCGCUGGGCGUGCUCAAGAGGCAGUACACCAGCUUCUUCCGGCCAGGUCUGCCCGCCGAGAAGGUGGCCGCCAUCCACCGCCUGGGCAUCGGCACCACCGACAAGAUCUUUCUGGAAUUUGAGGAGCCCUUCUGGGGCCCCGAGUGCAACAGCCUACAGUUUGUGUGGGAGGACGAGGCGGAGAGCCGCACCCUCACCUACCCGCCCGAGCUCUGGUACCGCAAGAUCUGCGGCUUCGAUGUCCUCUACCCGCCCGAGCGCUACGGCCACGUGCUGAGCGGCUGGAUCUGCGGGGAGGAGGCCCUCGUCAUGGAGAAGUGCGACGACGAGGCGGUGGCCGAGAUCUGCACAGAGAUGCUGCGGCAGUUCACAGGGAACCCCAACAUUCCAAAACCUCGGCGAAUCCUGCGCUCAGCCUGGGGCAGCAACCCCUACUUCCGAGGCUCCUAUUCGUACACGCAGGGGGGAACCCCUGGGGCUGACCUCGCAGCCUUUCUUGCUCCCCCACCCUCACUUCCCCGUCCCCUGGCCCAGCCCAUGCAGGUGCUGUUCUCGGGUGAGGCCACUCACCGCAAGUACUACUCCACCACCCAUGGUGCUCUGCUCUCUGGCCAGCGCGAGGCCGCCCGUCUCAUCGAGAUGUACCGGGACCUCUUCCAGCAGGGGACCUGAGGGCCCUCGCCACUGCCCAGCGUGUUCCUUACAGAGCCACUAACUUGUGACUGCCAGCCCUGCCCCUCGCUGCUGUGUGCUCCUCGUUUUCUAAUCCUCUGUAGAGUGGAUUUGUGUCUCUGGUAGCGGUAGACACCCUGACUGACCUCAGAUCUGGUCCUGUAGCUUUUCCUUUCCUCCAUGCCGGGUGGGGACCAGGGUGGGGCCCGGUGAUUGACCUCUGUGCUCCCACCUCCCCUCCCCUCCUGCCUUGUUAUUGUAAGUGCCUUCAAUACUUUGCAUUUUGGGAUAAUAAAAGAGGCUCGCCCUUCCCAUGCUCCUCA